GGUGAUUGUACGCUGUCGUACGCGCGCACGCAUGUUUACGGCGUGACCCUUUGUGAGAAGUGCGUUCAAGAGAACCUGUCAAGUCUAUCGUGCGUGGUGCGUUACUGAUGCGGGAAGAGUCUUGUUGACUGCACAGUAGUGGAUGCUGUAACUUCAAGUUCAACUUUUGGUACUAGAGAAGUGAAGAAAGAACUAUGGCGGCAACGGACAGCAAUAUGAAUCAGUCGAAUGCUAACCGUGGGCGAGUUCCCGAGUUGGAACGUAUGAACCCAGAGAAGCCAGCAAAAUCUGACAAUGAUCAGAACUCUGGUGGCGAUUCUGGCGUCGUUGAGCUGAAAAAGGAAAUAUCGUUGUACAACGGCGUGACAAUCAUCGUCGGCUGCAUAAUCGGCUCCGGAAUUUUUGUGUCGCCUACAGGAGUUCUCGCGGAGACAGGGUCUAUCGGUGCAGCACUCGUCGUAUGGGGCGUAUGUGGUGUCGUCGCCAUGCUGGGUGCGUUGUGCUAUGCGGAACUUGGCACGUCCAUCCCAAAGUCCGGAGGGGACUACGCGUACAUCUAUGAAGCCUUUGGGGCACUGCCAGCAUUCCUGUUUCUGUGGAUAGCAUUAGUGAUCAUUAUGCCAACUAGUAAUGCUAUAAUAGCAUUGACUUUUGCCAAAUAUAUCAUACAGCCUUUCUUCCCCCUUGGGUGCGACAUUCCAGAUAAUGCCUGCAGUCUCAUUGCUGUGCUUUGCAUAUCAUUUUUGACGUUUAUCAACGCAAGUCACGUCAGCUGGGCCAUGCGAGUUCAGAAUGUGUUCACCGUUGCUAAGCUCAUCGCUCUUGUAAUCAUCAUCGUCGCUGGGCUCGUCUACUUGGGCAAGGGUCAGACAGCUAACUUCGAAAAUUCUUUCGAGGGCACGAAAGGACCUGCUAACAUCGUUCUGGCGUUCUACUCUGGCCUCUUCUCAUACGCAGGAUGACAUGGGCAAAUCGCGUUCUUGGAGUGAUGGCAUGGGUAAUGCCCUUGUUUGUGGCCUGCUCAACCUUUGGUGGGGUCAAUGGAGGCAUUUUUGCGUCAUCUAGGUUGUUUUUCGUUGGAGCUAGACAAGGCCAGUUACCAGAUGCACUGGCCAUGAUCAACGUGGAAAAGGUUACCCCUAUGCCUUCCCUUGUAUUUGUGUGCAUUCUGUCGCUGAUCAUGUGCAUUGGAUCGGACGUCUACAUGCUCAUCAACUACGUCAGCUUCAUCGAGAUCGUCAUCGUCUGGGCGUCGGUCAGCGGACUCCUGCUGCUGCGAUGGAAGCGACCAGACAUGCCCCGUCCCAUUAAAGUCAACAUCCUUAUACCGAUUACCUUCUUCCUGUUGUGCCUUGCACUGUGCGUCAUGCCAUUUUACACGGACCCCGUCCCUGCCAUUAUGGGCAUCGUCAUCACGCUCUGCGGAAUUCCCGUGUACUUCGUAUUCAUAUACUUCCAGGAUAGGUGGCCGCUUGUCAUUAGGAGAGCUUUAGGUGAAUUCACCAGGUCAGUACAGAAGCUCAUGCUUAGCGUACCGUCGCACCAUUCUAAAGAUUACCAGGCAUGAUCACUGACUACGACUCACUACCCCGCCCCUCCCUUCUCAACUGAUUGCCUAUAACUGCAGACCAUGUUUCAUUAAGAGAUAUUGACUGCUUUAAUUGACUAUUGCGACGUGACAGCCUUCAACAAUACUACCAUAUGAGUUAGACUGAAUGUAAGCAGAGUAGUUCUGUGUUUAUUCAGUUAUUAGGAAAAACCUUCAUUGCGUAGCCUUUCUGCGAUGAAAUAGUUUCACUGUGAAUUGAAUUUCUAUGAUGUCAUUUGACAAGCACAAGAACGUGAUACGAGAAUCCUGACUUGUAUAUUAAAGGUGAGAAGAAUAUAUUUAUAUACAGUAGGUAAAGUGACCAUCACGAUUGUUAUCCGUUAUAAUAAUGAAGAAAUUGGGAAUCAAAUGUGUUCCAGUUUGUUGUAUGAAUUUGGUCGUGGUUUAGCAGUAUUGUUUAUUUGUAUGAAUUGCCUCGUGUUGCUAAAGAUUGACAACCACAUGUUCUAUAGUGCCUUGAAAAUUUUAAUUGACUGCACUCUAUGUGGGUUUCAUUGAAUUUCACAUUUAUAAGUUUUCACACAUGGCUUAGGAAAGAAGUUUUCUGUUAGCUUUUUUAUAUGUUGAUUAUUUUUGUCAUUACAUAUUAUUUGAUUACUUUCGCUUGAGAACCUUAGCAACGAACGUAGUUUGCCGUUACCAAAUGUUCGGUGAACUCCUGUGUCUUUCACUCUCACACAUUGCAUACAAGCAUGUGUGAUACGUUUAGAUUUGAACCCGCAUAUUUCUGAAUUUGGAUACUCUUCUGUGGUUUUGAUCACGUUGGUAAAGAUAUAUAACUGUAAACACAUUAUACUAUAUAAGAUAUUAGCUGUAGAUUCCUAAACCUAUUACGGGGGCAUAUAUACCAAUUCUCAAGUUGCCAGAAAACGAUGCGCUCACACCACUGGGAAAAAACUUUUUAUAAUUAUUAGAAGUAGGACGCAGUAAAAGUUUAUAUUAAUAUUGUCCCUGAUAUGUCCUCAUUCCAACCAGUGUACAUUUGAAGCGAGUAUUACAGAGGAGGAGAAGGAGGAGGAGACAGGGUUGCGUGUUUUAUUGCUGCUGUACAUGUUUUUAUUGUAUAUUGGGUGCAGCGAUCAGGGAAUUGGUGAUAUUGGCAGGCUCAUUACAAACGUGUCUGUUAAUAAGGGUUAGGGUAACUUAGGGUUAGCGUACAGUUGCAGUUGGGUUUACAGUUAGUGGUAGGCAUAGUUCGGGUCGACAUAUGGGUAAUAUGUGCGUCGCACUUCGGUGGUAGGCUUAGUUUUAUGUCACGCUCUGGGGCCGUGCCUUACAAUUAGUAGUAUGGCAAGAUUUAUGCUAGAUUCUCGAUCUGUGCCUCAAGGCAAACUGCCAUUUUCUGGCCCCUAUGUGAAUAUUUCUGUACUCAAUCUUUAGUGUGUAUGUCAAGAUAGGUGUGUGUUGUAGUGAGGUGUGUAAUUGCAACAUAGUCUAUUUCGUUCUACCUCGAAAGAACUGCAAUUCAGAUAAAGUUCUUGGUAUAGUGCAUGUAUUUUCUACUUAUAUAUCAAUCGACUACUAACCAGGGAAAUAUAUAUUUUUGAAGACUACCUUAACUAUAUUUUAAACGAUGGCACAAGUGGUACACAUACACAAUUUGGUGCAUGUGAGAAUAGAUUGCAUGAUAAUCUGAUGACAUCUAUCUGUUUAGGAUGAAAGAUAUUCGUGUAUACAUAUUGUGGGUGUAGUGUUGGUGAGGAACACGUCCCUUAUAAAAAGCCGUUGACGUGUGUGUUUAAAUUUAUAUAGUUACAACUGGGAAAUAUUGUUUAUAAUUGUUUUAUGGACUGGACGUCAUAUUCAACUGAAUGGUAGCAAUGGUCGAAUAUUGUUUGUAUUAUCAGCGCGGAUGUAAACAGUUUUUACGCGUGUAUAUGCAUUUUAAUUAAAAUGGACUUGUGCAUGCUCAUGGUGAGGGGUUAUUUUGGUUGAAAAAUUGAAAUCGUGUGAAUAGUUAUUCUGUUUGAGUCGGUACGCGGGAUCGUUUUGAAAAUAGUAACAUCCGGGUGCACGCGUUAAAUCCUCGUAUACGCGAAGGCGGAUGUAACGCGCGCGUACAUACGAAUUUAUGGUUUCGGUUGCGACCGGGACAUCGUGCUUGUUGCAUUACAAUAAUAUGAAUUAACAAAUGCGAACUACAGACUAUUAUUUAUAGUCAUAAUGUGCUCUUAUGUGCUUUGAUAAACAGUAUUUUUUAGUAUUUUUUGUAAUUCUACAGCCACGCAGCCCCAACGAGUUUAAUAUGUGAAACGAAAUACAGUAUAAACUUCUCCACGUCGGACAUGUUUUUAGUUAAAUAUGGUUGAAAUUCUGAAUGAAUAGAAUGUAUUUUUACUCUUAACAUUG